AUGGAUACAAAUGGCGAGAUCAGGGUUGACGUGGCCGGCCUCACACUUUCCAAUGAUACCCCGAAACCCGAACAGUCAACAAUUGCAGCUUCGCCAAAAAUGCAGAACGAAGGCCCCCCUCCUAUCGCCAUCGUGGGAAUGGCUGCCAGACUACCAGGAGGAGUAAAUUCCAUCCCAUCCAUGUACGAAUUCCUUCGGGACCGAAACGACGGCCUAUGCGAUGUCCCCCUAUCCAGAUUCAACAUUAAUGAAUUCCACAAUGACGGAGACAUCCCCUACUCGAUGAAGAGCCAGAAGGCAUAUUUCAUUGACGACGACGUGGCCAUGAUGGAUGCUUCGUUCUUUGGUCUAUCCGAAGUGGAGGCUGCUGGCUCGGACCCUCGCGCGAGGCUCUUACUGGAAGUGGUUUACGAAUGCCUGGAGAAUGCAGGACAAACCGGAUACCGCGGGGACAGGAUUGGCUGUUAUAUCGGUGCUUGGGGCGCGGAUUGGGCAGAACUUACUCUCAAAGAUGGUCAACAUCGGAACCCGAUGAUUGGCGCUGCAGCAGGGAGUUUCUUCUUGUCGAGCUAUAUCGCGUGGAACUUGGAUCUGCAUGGACCGACGAUGACGAUUGAAACUGCAUGCUCCUCGUCCAUGGUAGCCCUGCAUGAAGCCUGUCAAGCCCUAUACUCCGGCGAGUGUUCAUCCGCGCUUGUAGGAGGAGCCAACCUGAUUCUCACCCCGACACUACACAUGAACCUGGCAAGUAGCGGGGUCCUCUCUCCACCGGGGCAAUGCAAGACAUUCGAUGCGUCCGCAGAUGGAUUUGGACGCGCGGAGGCCGUGAAUGCCGUUUUAAUAAAACCGCUAGAGGAUGCAGUACGAGACGGGGACAGAAUCCGCGCUGUGAUCAGAGCAACAGCUGUAAAUAACGAUGGGCGGACAGUGGUCCUCUCAACGCCUUCAGCAGAUGCACAGGAAUCACUUAUUCGGAGUGCGUAUAGAAAGGCGGGUAUUGAUGCCAUAGACGACACCGCAUAUUUUGAGUGCCAUGGGACUGGGACGAUGGUAGGGGAUGUCACAGAGAUGUCUGCGGUGGCCAAGGUCUUCCCCAGUGGCGUUCACGUUGGAUCGGUGAAGCCCAAUUUCGGCCAUUCUGAGGGUACGUCGGGUAUUACGAGUCUCAUCAAGGCCGUGGUGUCCCUGGAGAGGAAGGCCAUACUACCACACAUUCAUAUGGUCGAACCGAAUCCAAAGAUUGCAUUCGAGAGUGCAGGCUUAAUAGUGCCGAAGCAUGAGAUGGCAUGGCCACAAGGUCGAAAGGAGAGAAUCAGCGUGAACAAUUUCGGCGUAGGAGGAACAAAUGUCCAUGUCAUUUUAGAUUCUGCCUCCUCGUUCGGACUGGACAGUACUGUUUCCCCAGCUCUAAACUCAACAAAUACCCGGCUCCUAGUACUCUCAGCCAACAGUGAAAAAUCCCUUCGUAAUCGAAUAGAAGACAUAGAGGCUUACAUUGAAGGAAAUCCAAAACAUGUUGCCGAUCUUGCAUUUACACUGGGAGAGCGUCGAGAACAUCUCACGCAACGGGCAUUUAUGCUGGCCACCGAGGAGGCAACCGGUUCGUUCAAUAUCGGCGCUGUCGACACUGCAUGCACACCAGAGAUUACGUUUGUUUUCACAGGCCAGGGGGCACAGUGGCCAGGGAUGGGAAAAUCGUUGAUACAGUCCUUUGAUCGGUUCCGGUCGAGUAUCAGACUGCUUGAUUUUGCCCUUCAAAGAGUGCAACACCCACCAGCAUGGACUUUGCAAGAUCUUCUCUGCAAUGAUAACAGCUCACACCAAUUAAACUCGGCAGAAUUUGCACAGCCAUUAUGUUGUGCCAUUCAAAUCGGCCUCGUGGAUCUUCUGGCCCACUGGGGAAUUACGCCAGCGUCCGUCAUCGGCCACUCCAGUGGUGAGAUAGCAGCCGCGUAUGCUGCCGGGGCUCUCACUGCCGAACAUGCGAUUAGAGUCGCUUACCAUCGCGGCCAAAUCUCGCAUAAAGUGCAACGGCGAGGGGGUAUGGCCGCCAUCAGCAUGGACCGCGAGGAGGUAACUCCCUACCUGACCGAAGGAGUAGUGAUUGCUUGCGAGAAUAGCCGGCAGAGUGUUACACUAUCAGGAGACCGAGAUGUGCUGGAGGGUAUUAUGGAAAGAAUUCAAUCUGAUGACCCUGAUGCGCUGUGCCGCCUGCUUCGCGUCGACAAAGCAUACCACUCUCCCCAUAUGCAGGACGCCGCUGACGAAUAUGAAGCUUCCCUUGAAGGGUUGCAGUCAAGAGGUGGUUCGUCCAUGAUGCCGUUCUUCUCGUCUGUCACUGGGGCACGUAUUACCGACCCAUCUGAGUUAGACGGUAAAUAUUGGCGACGGAACCUAGAGUCCCCUGUGCUCUUCCUAGCUGCAACCAAUGCGAUACUAGAUUCCAAAGAGGACACUUCAAAUUCAGCAUUCGUUGAGAUCGGUCCUCAUUCAGCCCUUUCUGGACCACUACGACAAAUUAUCUCUGAGCACCAACACGGGGGAUCAUGCUCCUACAUACCGUCCCUAGUACGAGGAGAAGACCCAAAAACAUCCGUGUUCUACACUGCCGGAAACCUCUACAAUGCAGGGGCCUCUGUCAGCUUUCGUGCAAUCAACGGCGAGGGAAACCUGCUUGUGGAUUUACCCCCAUACCCGUGGCAGCAUGAUACCAGGUACUGGAGCCAGACACCUGCAGUCGAGGCCUGGAGGCUGCGCAAGUAUCCCCACCAUGAAUUACUAGGCUCUCGAGUAUUAGGGUCCACAGAUCUAGAGCCCUCAUGGCGGAACACGCUAUCUCUUGACGAUGCCCCGUGGCUAUACGGGCACAGGGUCCUGGGAAAGACACUUUUCCCUGGUGCUGGAUACAUCGCAAUGGCCGGGGAAGCAAUUCAGCAAAUAACAAACUCAUCGACCUUGAAAUACCAGAUUAACCAUCUCGUCCUCAAAAGCGCCCUCUUCAUCGACAGCAACGAGUCGGUGGAACUCAUCACCAAUCUGAGACCAGCUCGGAUUUCCGAUAUCCAGGACUCGGGUUGGUAUGAGUUCUCGAUUACGUCUGUCCAGGCCGGCGAAACAACGCGGGUAUGUGUCGGCCAAGUACGAGCUGCUCCGUCCUCAGUCCCAUCCAAUAUGCCACUGGUAGAUGGCACGCAGCUCAAGCGGCACGCCACUUCGGCGACCUGGUACAAAGGACUACGGGAGAUUGGAAUGGACUACAACCGUGAAUUCCGUGGUCUGGACGACAUCUCUGCAGACCCAAUACGCCACGUAGCAACAGGCACGGUCAAGACGGCAAAAGUGUCGCCCAGUCGGUAUGUCAUGCAUCCAACGACUAUCGAUAGAUGCCUACAACUGCUUUCAGUGGCCAUGUUUCGAGGCCUCACCCGCAGUAUUAAUAUCCGGAGCCUUCCUGUUCUAUUCGAGGAUAUCUUCGUUAGUCCGGAAAGUGAAGAGCUCUAUGUGCAAGCCCAGGCUGAUAUAGGAAAGGGCAACUUUAUCCUUGGAGACGUAGGUGCCACGUCCCAAGACCAAAGGGAAACUGUUCUGUCAAUUACAGGCGCACGGCUCCAUAUCAUAGGUGAUGAUACCACGGCAGUCAAGGAAGGCGACCUGGCAUCCAGGCCAGUCUGGAAGCCUCAUAUCGAUUUUAUACCCGCGGCAUCAAUGGCAAAGCCACCACCACCACUGACACUCGAUACCGAGGUCAGCGACAGGCUGGUCGACCUUUUUAUAGCCGAGACUGCUGCUCGAGUACAAGACAUUGAGCCUUCAGAGGAUCACCUUCUCAAGUACAAACGGUGGCUCAGCAUCGGUCAAUCCAGGAUACAGAAACAAGGGACAUGGAGACUCCCCGACUUUGGAUACGCACCGGACUGUCCCUUUGACUCUUCUGCUCCAUUACAAAUGAUGGCAUGGUUGACCGAGAAAACUGAGGAUUACGCUCAACUCAUCCCUCUAGUCGCCUGCAUGCACCGGGUGUUAGACAACAUUGUGGGCGUGUUCGAGGGGACGGUUAAUGCCCUACAUCUCCUAAUGGAGAACGACGGCUUAAAGGACGUCUACGACGUGCUUCUAUCUUUCGACUCGUGCAACGAGUUCUUCACUACCCUGGGCCACUCGAAUCCGGAAUUGAACAUUCUCGAAGUAGGAGCUGGGACGGGCAGCGCAACAGCUCGGUUCUUGGAAUAUCUGCACGCCCCCGAUGGCAGUCGCCUGUAUUCAAAAUACACCUUCAGCGACGUCUCGGCGGGCUUUCUGGCGGCGGCAAGGGAGAGGUUCUCGAGGUAUGAUGGAAUGGAGUACGCAGUCCUGAAUAUCAGUGAAGAUCUUGCGGCGCAGGGUAUUGAGUUGGGGAAAUAUAAUCUGGUUAUCGCCUCUAAUGUCAUCCAUGCUACGCCCAGCCUCAAUAGAUCGCUGUUCAACAUCAAGAAGCUCCUUGCUCCGGGUGGUCGGCUAUUCCUGCAGGAACUUGCUGAAGAAUGCCGAGGAGCCGAGUAUAUAUUCGGCCUACUACCAGGCUGGUGGGUAGGCGAAAAUGACCAGCGCGUCGAAAAGCCCUAUGUCUCUGUAGACCGAUGGAGGCAGGAGAUGAAGGCCGCUGGAUUCAACGGCAUCGACUUUGCAAUCCACGAGCAGACCAGUCUACUCGUCAACCUAGUCUCCAGCAGCCCGCUGCCACCAGUAGAACCGGCAAUAGUUAACCUCCUAGUCCCAGGAGAACAUUCCCAAUGGAUCUUGGAUGUCGCAAAGCGAUUCACAACGAAUGGCCAUCAAGUCAACAUAUGUACCCUGGACCAACCACGUCCGAGCGAGGGAGAUACCAUCUCGCUACUCGACGCAACAGGGCCGUUCCUCUUCAAUAUUUCGACAGAGAGUUUCCAGCAGCUAAAGACAUUCCUACUCAGCCCAUCCGUCAAACGUGUGUUAUGGGUUACCAGGAUGUCGCAGAUGGCCUGUGCCGAUCCACGAUAUGGCCUGAUCCAUGGCUUUUUGCGCGCGCUUCAUGGCGAAGCUCAUACAGAUGGCACGAGUUUGUCUAUACUUGAUGUCGAGGAGUUUGACCAGAAUACGAUAUCCCAUCUGUUACGGGUGUACGACCACCUUCGUCGGAUUCAAGUGUCAGAUGAAUCGAGGCGCGAGGAAUAUGUACUCUGCAACGGAAUAAUCCACGUUGCAAGGUUCGAGGUCGCAGAUAUGGGAAAGGAGCUGGAGAGUUCAGUGCAAGGUUCUACCCCUAGGAGGUUAGGGAUCGAGUCUACAGGGCUGCUGGACUCGAUGUUUUGGAGAGAAGAUGCGCUUUCCGACCCGAAGGCCGGAGAGGUUCUCAUCAGGGUGGCAUAUAUUGGACUAAACUUCAAGGUAAAUAGACUCCCCUACAAAAGUGCAAUGUUGACAACAGCCAAGGACAUCAUCACAGCCCUUGGGCUUAUUGCAACCCCAGACCAACUUGGUUUAGAAGGGAGUGGGGUGGUCCAGUCUGUAGGUCCUGGCGUAUCUACCGUCAAGCCUGGAGACAGAGCGAUAUUCCUCGGGCCAGGAUGUUUUGCGACGCAUAUUCUAGUGCCUUGCAUGAAAGUAAUACCUCUACCCAGAGAGUGGUCACUGGAGGAGGGCGCCACCUCCCCAAUCGUCUCUCUAACCGCAGCACAAUGUCUUUUGAGAAUGGGAAAACUGCAGCCUGGUCAGUCCGUAUUGAUCCAUGCAGCCGCUGGAGGGGUUGGUAUCGCGGCCAUCAGGAUAUGCAGAGGCAUAGGCGCCAAGAUACAUGCCACCGUCGGCAAUGAUGCCAAGGCGCAGUAUUUGAUGGACACCUUCGGUAUUCCGCGAUCUGAUAUAUUCCACUCGCGCGAUUCUUCAUUCUAUACCGACCUAAUGCGGGAAACUGGUGGGCGUGGAGUAGAUAUAGUGUUGAGCUCUCUAAGUGGCGAACUACUCCAGACGUCGUGGAAAUGUGUAGCUCCAGGCGGGACCAUGUUCGAUAUCAGCAGGAGGGAUGUACUGGCCGAUGCGAUGCUCCCCAUGAAACACUUUGUGGGAAGAAGAUCCUUCGUUACCGUGGACCUAGGAGAGUAUAUGGAAGAAGCGACGGAUCAGUCUGCAAAUUUCUCCAUUCCAGUAAAUCAGGGGCUCGUGGGGCCUAUUUCGCCAGUGACCUGCUUUGACGCAUCCGAUGUGCCGGCUGCCUUCCGCCAUAUGCAAACCGGGCAGCAUAUUGGAAAGAUUGUGGUUCGAAUACCGGAGGAUCUUAACACACUACCUACGAGGGAUACCCGUGCGGAAAUUACAUUUUCACCCGAUUAUGCGUAUCUUCUCAGCGGCGGACUAGGUGGCCUAGGACGCGCCUUGUCGAACUGGAUGGUGGAAAAAGGGGCUCGGUGUUUAGUAUAUCUCUCCCCAAGCGCAGGAACAACCGACGAACAUAGAACAUUUGCAGAAGAGCUCAAAUGCCAGAGUUGCGAUGUCAUCUCCAUCCAGGGUACAGCGGCCGAUAUGUCGGAUGUGCAAAAGGCCAUAUCGCACAGCCCGAAACCAGUCAAAGGGGUCUUCCAGCUCGCCUUAGCCUUGAAGGACAUAACAUUCGAGCGUAUGACGUUCGAAGACUGGACUAUCCCACUGACGGCCAAGGUUAGCGGUACUUGGAACCUGCACCAGGCAUUCCAGAACACAGCUCUAGACUUCUUCGUCAUGCUUGGAUCCAUAGCUGGCAUUGCCGGAAUGACUGGCCAGUGCAACUACUCGGCAGCAAAUACAUUCAUCCACGCUCUGGAAAGCCACAGACUGGCUCUCGGCCAACCAGCCUCUGUCCUUGAUCUCGGCCCGAUAGCAGAUAUAGGCUACGUGAGUCGCAGUCCAGUGCUAACCAAAAUAUUCAGCGGCCGAUUCGAAUUCCAAUUCAUAAAAGAAAUGGAAAUGCUAGAUGCAGUGGAGGCCCUGAUAUACCAUUCGACAUCCUCACGGUCCUCGUUAGCGAGUCGAUAUGACCUCAACCACAUAAUCCUAGGUCUCACACCAACAGCCCCCUGGAUCCGGCAACGCGGCGACACCCGGCUCGCGAUCCUGAAUAAUCGAGCCCAGAGACGGCAACAGGACCCUGACACCGUCGACGACAUCGUUGACUUUGUAGCCCAGGUGGAGUCUGAGCCAGAAGUCCUCAACCGCCCAUCGACCGAGGAAUUCCUGAUAGUAAAAGUAGGACAUAUGAUCAAGACGCCAAAUUCCAAAGCCCCCGCAAAACCCGACCUGAAGGCGCUCGCUGGUAUCCCUAUUGACUCUCUCAUUGCAAUCGAAGCCAGGGCGUGGGCCAGGAAGCGGCUGGGUGUACAGAUAAGUUUGUCUGAUAUUACAGCAGCAGGCAAUGUAAAGGGAUUGGUAAAUUUGGCAAUUGACGGGAUGAAGAAGAGGUAUUCUGUUUCGUAG